ACACGUCUACCAAAGCCUCCUUCUUCUGUUGCGAAUAUAUCUCCAAAUUGUGUUUUGAUUUCGGGACGGCUCCCGAUAAAGCGAUGCGACUCGCCGACGCCGUCCGAGUCAACCAGCCGGCCUAGAGGAUUAGACUGACCGCUGGCCGUGUCAGAUAAACGACCUCAAAUGGGGGAGGUGAGGAAGCUCCAGAAGAAGUUGAGGCAGAUCGAGAAUCUCGAAGUCAAAAUCACUCUCACCCCAGAAGAAAAAGUCAAGAUCUCCAGGAAGGCGGAGCUGCGUUCCAGAUUGGCUGAUCUUCUGCUGCAGCUUUCUGGCCCGCAGCAAAAUCUAGGGAUUGUGGGAGAAGGAAAAGCAGAGAAGAUGAAAAGACAAGUGGAGGCUGCCCAUGAGGCCUUUCCAUCACAGGCACCUUCAGCCUCCAAGAUUUCUAAGGGAGAGUUGCAGUCCAAAACCCAAGCAACUCCAGCACCCUCUGCCAGACAGAAGGAGGCAGGAUCAGGGGGAUGGGGGGGAGAGAGGGAGGAGAGGGAAGAUAGACAAGAAGCCGACAGACAGCAGGAGACAGGACCACCGCCUAAUGUGUCACAUCACUGCCCAGAGGUGUCAGAUGCCUGUCCAGCCUUGACCCCCAGAGACCCAAGGAAGGAAAAACAACCAGAAGAGGAAGAUGCAGUGUUUACAACCCUCAAAGAAACAUGGGAGAAGGCAAAGUUUCGCUUGAGGCUGUUAGAGGGUCACAGUGACAUAGUCACCUGUGUUGUUGCCAUUGAAAACACUGUGAUUUCCGGAAGCCGAGACACAACGGUGAAGGUUUGGCACGUCCCUACAGCAACAGAGCAGAGGAACCUGGGAGGUCACAGUGGCGGGGUCACUUGUCUGUCUGCCCCUCCCCCCGAGUACUGCAGGAGACUUGCGCGGACCCUGUCCUUGCCCGAGAAGGAGAGGUUUAUUUUGAGUGGCUCGGCAGACUGCUGUGUCAAGAUCUGGGCCUUAAGCACCGGGCAAUGUGUAAAGUCUGUGUACACGUUCAACUCUGUGACUGCUCUCUGCUUUGUGCCUGAAGGAAGAGGAUACUUCAUCACCGGAUCAGGUUCAUGGGGCAAGGUUCAAGCCUGGAGCUGGCACACUUUGGAAAACUGUCAGUCAAUCAGUGCUCACCAAGAAGCAGUCACCUCCAUCCAGUCUCAGGGCCCGCUGGUGUUCAGCGGCUCGGCUGAAGGCGGCGUUUCCGUGUGGGAGAACUUGUGUUCGGAGCGCGACCCCCUGAGGCCCCUGUUCCACUGGACGGGCCAGGUGACCGGCUGCGGCGGGGGUCAGGGGAGCCGUCUGGCCCUGAGUCCCCGGGGAGACCGUGUCUUCUUGGCCUAUGGCCGAGCCUGCAUCAAAAUCCUCGACUGGAGAAGCGGAAGUGUGUCCAGGCUGACCAAUCACAGCAGUGUCGCUGGAGUAACAGACUGUGUUCACCAGACAGUGGGCCUCCUGAUCGGCUCCUCCUAUGAUCUGGCCAGUGGGGAGAGCACCCUGAACAUGUUUACUCUGCCUCAGUGCAGGUACCUGGUCUCUCUGACCUGUGCCGAGGUUCCUAGGGUCCUGUGCUUUGCGACGUGGCUCACGGGGAGCGGAGAUCACCGGUGGGUCACCGGCGGUCGCGACCUCGUCGUGUGGGAGCAGCUGCCCCGUUCCACGAAGCAGAGGGGUGAUGUCACAGUGAGAAGAGACGGCCGGCUGGAUGCGCCGUCGUUGGAGUCGGAGGACAGCGCGGAUGACGAUGACGAUGAUGAAGAGAGUGACGGUUACGGCGACGAAGAAGGGGGAGACCACCGGGUGUGCCCAAACGCGACGGACGGCGAGCCGGGCUCGUGGUUCCGCUGUGUUCUUCAGUGAGCGUCGGUUCAGAGCGCCCGAGAUCGAGACGCUGCGUCCCACAGCCAUGAAAGGGAGGGAGGGAGGGGGCACAGUGAGAGAGAGAGAGGGGGGAAUGAAGUGUGACAGAUUGACUGAGCGCCGGUGCCGGAGCGAGCGAGCGAGCACACGGCUUCGAGAGUGUGAGCGUGUGAGCGGUAGACAGAUUGUUCUCUUUGUAAAUGAUGCUUUCCCCCCCCCCC